CACGUGUCGGGGCGGUACUGGAUUCUCGCCGGUGCCCAAGAUGCCUAUAUUUAUCAAUCAUCAGAGGGCUAGUCUUCCGUCCUCUCCAGCUUCUUCUCCACUUCUCAGCUCUUCAUCAAUCACAAAAGAGUCCUCCUUUGUACUACUGUAGUACAACACACAUCAGAUCAGCAGAGCCUCUUCUUCAUCUUGUGUUGUUGUUUCGUUUUCCCUUAGCGACGCCAUGGGCAUCGUCGACGUCGUCUCCGAGUACUGCUCCUUGCCCAGGUCUCGCCGCCAUCUCAAGAAGAGGAAGCAGUUCCAGACGGUGGAGAUGAAGGUACGGAUCGACUGCGAAGGCUGCGAGAGGAAGGUGAAGAAAGCACUGGAGGACAUGAAAGGGGUGAGCUCAGUGGAGGUGACGGCGAAGCAGAACAAGGUGACGGUGACGGGGUACGUGGACGCCGGCAAGGUGAUGCGGCGGGUGGCGUACAAGACGGGGAAGCGGGUGGAGCCGUGGCCGUACGUGCCGUACGAGAUGGUGGCGCACCCUUACGCGCCGGGCGCCUACGACAAGAAGGCACCCGCCGGGUACGUCCGCGACGUCGUCGCUGACCCUACCGCCGCGCCGCUCGCCAGGGCGUCGUCCACCGAGGUCAGGUACACCGCCGCGUUCAGCGACGAGAACCCCAACGCCUGCGCCGUCAUGUAGAUGGUGGUGAACUGGUGAUGAUGUCGGUGCCGGUGUUGGGGGGACCUGGACGACCUGGACCCUCGAGAGGACGGUGGUGACAGCUUUUGGUUCUAGAUGCUUUUAUUGUUUGAUGUUGGAGCUUUUGCUCAUUUUAUGUUUUUUUGUUUCAUUUUUUUUGUCUCGUUUCUGGGUUUGAGGUAGUAGAGUAGAAGAGAUGUAGUAGUAUGUGUUUUGAUUUUGUGAAAGAAAAGAACGGAUUUGUAAUGGUAGUAGUAAUUUGUAGUAGUGUUGUGGAAACUGAACCGGCAAAAUCGGUCGUCGUUCUUGCUAUUGCCGUCUGUUCAUUUGAGCUGAUGAAUCUGCAGCAAUCAAUCGUUCUUGCUA